AUUUUUCUUCGCGGAACUUGUUGCUGCAAUACGAAGUGUUUAACCGCAAGUUACACUUUUAUAGCGGAAAGCAAUUCUGCGGAGCACGACUUCCCCGCUCAGCGAGCCUGGUUGCUAAGAGACGCCGUCAGUGCACAAGAGGCUGCAGUGACUUGAGGGAGUAAGAGAUCCUCGUGGGCGUGGUCACAUUGAGCUCGUUAGCCUUUACCGCUGUAAGGAGGUCUCGUCAUGUCCUCCGCCCUGUCGCAAGCAAGUCCUACCGCUCCGCGUUUCAGCGUCCUUUCGUGGCCGCAGGUUCGCCGCUUGGAUGCCAUACUGUGCGAGAGCGUGCCAAUCCAUGGCAGGGGCAACUUCCCGACUCUAUCCUGUCGCCCAAGGGACUUGGUGCAGGUUGUCCGGUCUCGCCUGGAGCAGAAGGGAAUUCUUGUACAUAAUGUGAGACUGAAUGGUUCAGCUGCUAGCUAUGUGUUGCAUCAUGACAGCGGACUGGGAUAUAAAGACUUGGAUCUGAUAUUCAUGGUGGAUUUGAAGGGGCCAGAUGCUUUUCAAGUAGUAAAACAUGCAGUGCUCAAUUGCCUCUUAGACUUCCUGCCUUCAGGUGUCAAUAAGGAGAAAAUAACACCUAUGACUUUAAAAGAGGCCUAUGUUCAGAAACUGGUUAAAGUCUGUACAGAAAGUGAUCGUUGGAGCCUUAUCUCCUUAUCAAACAACAGUGGCAAAAACAUGGAAUUGAAGUUUGUUGAUUCUCUGAGACGUCAGUUUGAAUUUAGUGUGGACUCCUUUCAGAUCAUCUUAGAUUCUAUGCUGAUGUUCAGCCAAUGCUCAGAAAACCCAAUGUCCCAAAGCUUCCACCCCACAGUAACCGGCGAGAGCAUGUAUGGAGACUUCGAGGAAGCCAUGGACCACCUGCGCAACAGAAUUAUUGCCACACGCAAUCCAGAAGAAAUCAGAGGUGGUGGUCUUCUCAAAUACUGUAAUUUGUUAGUGAGAGGUUUCCGGCCUAAAUCAGAAGUGGACAUGAAAACCAUGCAGCGGUAUAUGUGCUCACGUUAUUUCAUUGACUUUCCAGACAUAAGGGAGCAACAAAGAAAGCUAAAGUGUUAUUUGCAGGAUCAUUUUGUGGGAAUGGAGGACAAGCGAUAUGACUAUUUGAUGACUCUUCACCAAGUAGUAAAUGAGAGCACUGUGUGCCUGAUGGGACAUGAACGUAGGCAGACACUUGCACUCAUUGCUUCCUUGGCAGUACAUGUGUUAUCAGAGCAGAAUCAUCCACAAGCUGUGCCCACUUUUACUUGCUACUACCAGCCAGCCCCUUACAUAGGUGAAGUCAAUUACAAUAGCUAUUACUUUACUCCUGUCCAGCCACUCAUGUCCUGCAGUCACUCAUACCAGACAUGGCUUCCCUGCUGCAACUGAGAUCCUGGCUACAUGCUAAAAUGAGCACUUCCAUGGCAGUCCCCACCCCACUUUUGACUGACUAAACUAAAUGAGCAAAAAGCAAAUUUUUGUUGUGUGGGUUUCUUCCCCGAUCCCUCUUCCAUAUUUUUUUUUUUUUUUUAAUUCAUAUUAAGGGUACCAGCACAUUGGCAAUCUUACAUGAUGCUUAUGCAAUGACUUUGUUACUUUAAGUUACUAGUUACUUUAAGCCUUGUAGGGUGCAGUUGUAGAACAGACUCUCCGUCUUCUAUAUGAGACUGUAGAGACUAAGAUGCAAUUGGUUUUCCCCAAUGUUUGUUUUUUUUGUUUUCUCCUUUGGACCAAAAGUGUAUUAAGUGCCUGUAUUAUCAAAACACAAAGGAGGAGCCUUUAAAGGAAUAGUUCACCUUUAAAAUGAUGUUAGAUUUAGACCAUAAUCUGUUGCAGUUUGCAGUUAAUGUUCAGUUACUUGUAGUAUAUUUACUAUAGCAGUAAAAUAGGAAAGGGUCUGAAUAGCAAUCUAAGCAAUAAGACUUAAAAAUAAAAAAAUUUGCAAGCUGGAAAAAGACAGAAUUCAUAAGCCAAACAAAAUGAUCAGUCAAGUUGCUUAGGGUAGGUCCAUCCAUUACACACUAUUGAUUUAAAGGUGAACUUCUCCUUUAACUUAUGCUAACUCUGGUUUCAGUAUUACAUUUUCUGAUACAUGCCUGAAAUUGGGUAUUUGCUAUAUCAGUGCCACAGAACAAAUGUUAUCUGCUGCAGUUUGUUGUAUAUCCUGUAGUUGCCCUGGCCUUUGAUCGGCUAAGGGGUUUCUCCUACAUCUUUAUAUGACCCUGAAUGUUGCUCUGCAUUGCAGGUAGUGGGUAGCAUAAUGGUUUAUAAUCCCAAAAAGUGAGAUGUUACACAUGGUGCUAUGGGUUCUAUAUACCAGGUCAGUGUACCUUUUUAACUUACAGUUCAGUUUCAUUGCUAAAUACUGUUUUACAGUGUAAAGAAUUCUCUUGUAGCCCCCAGCCCAGGAUGCCUAUAUUUUCAAUAAUACUCUAUAUAACAAUCAUGAGGGAAAUACCUUCAAAGUAGUUUUACAUUGACUAGGCUUAAAUUGUAGCUGCAGAAACCAAAUAUUAACAAAUAAAUUGUUCUAUGUUCAUUUUA